AUUCUUGUUUAAGAGUAUUUUGACUUGUGUCUUUCAUUUUCUCCUCGACGUGAACUACUUGGCUUCUGUUUAAGCUGAAUAUCGAAUAUUUUGACAAAAUAAAAAUUUCCAGCAUCUCGCACGUUUUGUUCCAUUUUCAGUUUAAGUUUCUGGCACCCAUUUUGCCGAUUUGAUGGCCAAUCGGCGUCCAAAACUACGCGUCCAGCUCUUGAGCGCCGCGUUCGGUUUAGGGUCCUGGAUCGCAAUGACAGGACUCUGGGUGGAGCUACCAGUGCUUGUACAAAGACUUCCGGAAGGAUGGGCUCUACCUUCCCAGUUGGCUCUCUACCUUCAAGUAGCUAACAUCGGACCCAUAGCUUACGGUUUCUGCCAUCAUUGGUGGCCGAAAUACGUCACUGAAGAAGCGGCCAAUCAUCUACAAUUGGCAAUUGGUGCUCUAUCCACAUUGCUCGUGAUUUUCAUGUGGACUUGGACAGCAAGUGGCAUCAGCUUCGCAUUCUUCUUACUGUCUUUUGGCCUGUCUCUAGUGGAUUGCACUUCCUCCGUUACGUUUUUGCCGUACAUGGCUAAUUUUAGGGCCUGCUAUUUAACGCCUUAUUUAGUUGGGGAAGGACUGAGUGGCUUGCUUCCAAGUUUGGUUGCAAUGGCUCAAGGUAUUGAAGAUCCCACCUGCGUGAAUGAGACUAGGAUUACUUUUUCUGCGGAGACGGGGCAGAAUGUCACCUUCUUCGAAAUGAUUCCUCAUGUCAACGAGCCGAGAUUUUCGCCAGAAUGGUUUUUUGGCUUCCUCUUGGCUCUGGUGAUUGUGAGUUGGCUUGCUUUCAUCGCUUUGGACAAAAUGCCCCUGUGCCAAGCAGAAAGGGUUCCGUCAACUGAAGGGAAUAAUUCCCAUGAUCAGGCUCAUGAGUUGGAAUCGCUGAAUGAGCUGCAAAAGAACGAUGUGUCCUUUAAGAACGGUGACGUCAUCAUUCGAAACGCACCACAUUCUCACCUUCUGUAUUAUUAUCUGCUAUUUCUGCAAGGCUGGGCUUCAGUAGCUACCUUUGGAAUUUUUCCAGCUUUACAAUCUUACAGCUGUCUGCCCUACGGCGACGGACCUUUCCACCUGACUGUGACCUUGUGCGGGGUUGCCUAUCCAGCAGCUUGUCUCUUCGCCAUGUUCGUGGAGAUGAGGAGAGUGUCUUGGAUCUCGUGGACAUCACUCGCCGCGACCCUCAUCUCGCUGUACGCCCUGGUGACUGCUGUUCUGUCUCCUCAUCCACCUCUUCAUCACACCUUAACUGGCGCCAUCCUCAUCGUGGUGUGUUGGGUUACUUUCAUGUUUACUUUUUCUUACAUCAAGACAAUGGUAACCAUCUUACUUGAAGAGUUCUGGGGCCACAGAGCACUCUUUUGGUGUGGCGCUGUCACGCAAGCUGGUGCUGCAGCCGGGGCUCUUCUAAUGUUCUUACUGGUAAAUGUUUUCAACCUCUUCGAAGACGAAAACAUGUGCCUCAUCUGAAGUUGUUGCAAGCUGAAAGCUCCUGAUGAAUGUUUUGAUGAAUCCACGCGGAGUACAAAGAUUCACUGCCAAAUAGAGUGAUACCUUUGAUCUCGAAUAAGCAGCGAUUAAAUUGUAUGACUAUGUUCGACAAACGAAUUGUCUACACAUUGCAUUCUGGCAACAGAAGUGGCGUAACUCAAAAAAUACUUUGGAGAAAAUCAUGUUUUUACGUAGUGGCAAUUUUGACUGAUUUAUUCUCAAACACUACACACACGCAAAACAUUUAUUAUGUUUUAUUUGCGGUUGAUUUUUAGUUUAAUAGUAUAUUCUUAUAGUUCGAAAGUUUUUCUUCUAAAGUAAGAAACUUUGAUUAUUGUGUCACUAUUGCUUGUAUCGUUAAUAACGCACGAAUACUUUGUGUGAGAUUUGUGGUAAGAUAUAUCAUUUAAUUUAGAUUUAAAAUUUUCAAUAAGUUUAUUUUUCAAAAUUUUAGGUUUGUCCCUUCCGUUGUUGUGGUGGGGUUUAAUCCACAUAGGGUUUUACUCCUGAUAAUUAUGUGGCCCAUCCCUUUACAAAGUAGGGGAAUGCGGCGCAAAGUGAAAUAACGGGGUAAAGUGAAAUGCUGCAAUAUUUACUCUGCGUUUAGCGCCACCUAUCUGAUAACAUUUUAACAAUGCAGUUGCACAUGUA